UUGGCAUAGCACAAAACUUUCUAGAAGCUUCGGAACCCAAGAGCAGAUCGCAGGCAUCAGCUUAGAUCGCACAUUCUCACAGUGACAGGCAAAAGAAGCUCGGCGAGGUUCUACAAUGCCGCCCGUUGCUCCUCGAUCCGGCGACUCCAUAUUCGCUAACCUCGAGCACAUGAACGCGGAGCUAUUUACACUGACAUAUGGUGCGAUCGUGCGUCAAUUGAUUACCGAUCUGGAAGAGGUUGACGAGGUUAACAAGCAGCUUGAUCAAAUGGGAUAUAACAUUGGGGUGCGUUUAAUUGAUGAGUUCUUAGCCAAAUCUAACAUAUCAAGAUGCGUUGAUUUCAAAGAGACUGCUGAAGUGAUUGCUAAGGUUGGUUUCAAAAUGUUCCUUGGUGUUACUGCUUCUGUGAUUAACUGGGAUGCUGAUGGAACAUCUUGUAGUAUUGUGUUGGAGGACAAUCCCUUGGUAGACUUCGUUGAACUUCCUGAUAACUGUCAAGGGCUACACUAUUGCAACAUCUUAAGUGGCGUUGUUAGAGGAGCUUUAGAGAUGGUUUCAAUGAAGACUGAGGUGACAUGGGUCCGAGAUAUGCUCCGUGGAGAUGAAGUGUAUGAGUUGAAUGUAAAACUUAUCAAGCAAGUUCCAGAAGAGUAUCCAUACAAAGAUGACGAGUAACAUCUGAAUUUUUUUUUAAUACAAUUUGAUUCUUUUGUUAUUUCAAGUUUCGGUUUUUUUUUUUCUUUUGGUGUAUGCAUGAGGAAACUUUAUACACAUUGUAAUAAAAGUUUGAAGCAUCGUAAGAGUGUUCUGAUUUUACCA